ACGACCUUAUCUCCAUCUGGUGUCCGUUCGACCAGGCGCCCAACACAGCGCUCAUCGCCCGGUGCCAAGGCCACCAUUCCUGGGUGACCUCGGUUGCGUUCGAUCCGUGGCGGUGUGACGACCGCAACUACCGGUUUGGGAGCGUCGGGGAGGACAGGCGAAUCUGCUUGUGGGAUUUCAGUGUGGGCAUGCUGCAUCGGCCGAGGGCGGCGUCGGUCAGGCAGCGCGGAUCCAUCUCAUCUCGGCCCGGCUUUGUGCCCCUGCAGCGGGCCGAAACAUCCGCCACCGCCGGGACCAGCGGCUCGGGGCGUCUGCGGUCUGAUUCGAAUUUCUCGGCGGAUCUUGCGGACGGGGAGAAGGAGAAGGUGCUGCCGCAUCCUGUCGAGCCGAGGGCUACGACAGCCACGUUGCCUCCUGUGCUGGACAUAUCCGGACGUGGUCCAGGCCUACAGAGCUGGCUCCGCAAUUGGAGAAAGUCGAGAGCUAAAAGACGGUGGUUGCUGCCGUGGACAAAGGUGUUACGGCCGAAACCCGCAGCACUCCCUGGGUGGCGAUCAACUUGCCUUGGGUGUCCAGUGUCAUGGUUCAUCGGCGGUGGACGUGGACCGCCCGGGCAGCGAUACUAUAGCCUUAUAGCCUCAGGUCUCAUGGGUGACUCACAGAAGACGUGAUCCCGUCCAGGCCAACUGCAAUUUUACCUGUAGUGCUAUUGUUACGGAAGAAUCGCUUUUCCUUAACCAUAGUCAUUACUCGCAGUUCGUCAGACCUUAAUUUAUCAGGAUGGUUGAUGAGCGUGGGCACAAAGUUCGAGUCUGAUGUUUAGCUUGAAGCUCCGAGUCAUGAUUUGUCCAUUAACGCAAGCAGAUGGAACUCGGCGGUGAAGGACCUGGCCGACUUGGGGCCCGAGUCUGGGUCUUUAUUUUUCCUCAUCCCGCGGUUUCGAGUCCAGAGUAA